UUGGGUGGGUAAGAGAUAGAGAAUGCUUAGGUGAUCCAGGCUGGUGGCAUUCCUCUGCCUUAGUUUUAUGAUAAUCUGGUUCAUUCCUUAUUGCCCAAGAUGGUAUAACAAAAUUCUCUAAAACAAUCUCAAAAUUAAAGCCAUUGAUUUCAUUUUAAUUCAGGUAAGUGUUUAUACGCUAUUAGAGGGUAGACUGAAUACUAGGUCUGGAAGACUUUCUGGUAUUUAUUAGUUGUCUGAUGUCUGGGCACAUCACCUCUCACUAUGUUCAGCUGAGUCCUUUUACUUAUUAAUCUUGAUUCUGUUUGCUCUAGUUUCCUCAGCUGUAAAACAGAUAGCAUCUCCUUCCCAGGAUUCUUGUGAGGAGAAAAUGAGGUCAUAUUUGUAAAACACUCAGUCUCUCCAAGUUCUAGACAACUGUGAUAUGUUCUGCCUUAGUAGGACUCCUCACUCACAAUUUAUUGCCUAUCGGUGGCAUGGUAUAAAGUCAUCGGUUCCAGAGUCAAAGACUCCCGAGUUCAAAUCAUCCCUUUAUCCUAGAUCCCUAGUGUGAUCCUGCGCAGACAUCCUGGGUUUUAGGCUUCUGUUCUAUAUAAGGAAGUUGGCCUCUUAGGUUUUCUUCAAUAUGAUUCUUUGCUAAUACAGUCAGUGUUUAUAUAGCUUACACACACCUUGAAGGUUUUUUAAGAUUCAAUAAACAAUUUUAAUCAAGGGUAGCCUUGGAAAGCUUGUGAUUCAGCUAACAAAAAGUUAUCUAUCGAAUUGACUCUUGAAUUUACUAGCUGGUAUAUGACAGUUCAUUUUAACAGUUUUUUUUAAAUCUGUAUCUUCCAUCUUAGAAUCAAUACUGCAUAUUGGCUCCAAGGCUGAAGAGUGAUAAGAGUUAGGCAGUGGGGAUUAAGUGACUCGCUCCACUCAUACAGCUGGGAAGUGUCUCAGGUCAGAUUUGAACCCCAGACCUCCUGGCUCUAGAUACUUCUCCUUAAAUAUUUUAAUAGAAAUCAUCUCUACUUUGCUUCCUUCUGGAAAGAAUAAGAUUUUUUUUUUGGUAAAAUAAACUAAUUUGUACAGUUCAUCAUAAUUUUAAUGUUAUUAUAUCCUUUCUUUAGAGUGAGUUUUUAAUAAGGGUUAGGAGAGACAUAGCAAGCUCAUGGAAGGAUAUUACUGGUUUCCCAAUUGAUGAUAGUUGUCCUAAGAUGAUGCCAAUGCAUCAGGGAAGAUAACACGGCUGAAUUGUGGGAAUGGGAAGAAAGCAUUCUAGUUACUGAACUGGGAAAACUCGUCAGUGCGAAACGUUGCUGCCGUACUAGAGUAUACAAUACUUGGCUGGGGGCUGGAGAAAGAAGCGGGUCACAGCAGAUGGGUCAAGGAAAGGGCUACUGCCCUGUCUGCUUGGGUAUCUGACUGCUUGCCAAAGGGGUGGGAAGCAAAGGAAUGACUUUCAUCAUUAAGCCCGCAGAAUGCCGAGAAUGCAGAGCAAUGGAGUAUAAAGAAAAGAGAACGCCGAGACGCUUGUUUCACUGAAGCAGCAUGGCCAAAAAAGCCUCCAAUAGUGCAAUGGGGAGAAGACACAAGAAACUGCCAAAUGCUAACCAGGCUCAGCUCCUGCCCAAAGGCUAUCACCCAGCUAAGAAGGUGGUGAUCCCGUGCUCUCCACACCGCAGCAUAUCACUAUGCCCUCAAGAUUACCAGUCUCGCUCUGCACUGAUGCCUCGUCUCAACCAUCAGAGCAGAACCAAGGGGUCAUCGCGUCCUGACCAUAAGACCUCAGCGACCUUCUCUCGGAACCCCAAACUUGGGUCUGAGCCUGCUCAGUUACCUCAGGCUGUCCAACAGGCUGGAGUCAUGCCACGGCACCAAGGCAACCACCAGGCCCCAAUCACCCCGGCAACAGGCACUGCAGUUUUGACCUUGCCCUGUCCUGACUCCUGGGCCAGGGUAUCUGCUCCACCUUUCCCACACUCCGAAUGCCCAGCAGCCCUUCCACUGGGCUCUAACCACCAUGUGGAGACGCCAUCCGCCCCUGAUCAUUUUGUAAAACCUCCAUCAGAUUCUGACCACCUUCCAAUGAUUUCCAAUGGCUGUGACCAUCGAGCAGAGGAUCAAUCAUGUCCAGAUCACAAGCCCAAGACCAUGCCUGUGCCAACACUAAACCACAACUUCCAGCCCUCCGCUGUACUACUACAACGGCCUAGUCCAUGGACAUCAGCUUCACAAGGGAGCAGGUCUCGGCCCAAGAUAGCAUCUUCCCUAGAGAGGUACCUCAACCACUGGCACAGGGCCAUAUUUUCCCCAUUAACAUGUGCUGAUUGGCCUGGAGCUACACCAUCAGAUCCUGAUCCUUGUGUCAAAGGAAUCACUUCAAGAACCUCAUGUCCUGACCAGUUUUUAAGGCCCAAAACUGCACUGUUACGGCAUCCUGAACACAACCCCUGGAUCCUCAAGGCUCCCACUUCAUCGUGCUCCAUUCAACAGGUCAGAACCACAUCUGUGCCAUCACCAUGCCCUAACAACAGGGAAAUUACCACCACAUUUGUACCCGUCCAAUUCCCUGCUAGCCCAGCUGAGAAUCCACCAGGCCUUCAUUUUGAAGCUCAGGAUUCUACUAUACCAUCAGCAGUACAACCUGACCUCCAGGAUAUACCUCUACCAAACCUCAGUGGCACUACAGAAGCUCCUCUGAUCAUUCCGAAUCACUUACAAAAUAAAGAGCCUUCUUGUAAUUCUGCACACCAGGCCAAGACUCUUCUCAAUUCUGACCACUGGCCUAUGGUUUUACCACACCUCAAUUGCUGGGCUACACCACAAUCAUCUCCUGACCAGUCAGUUGUCCAAUACAUAGACCACCAAACAAAACCACCACUGAGACCUGACAGGCACAAGCUUGUGGCUCCACCAAGUCCUGACACAAUCUUUACUGAGAGUCUUUCUCCUCUCAAAAUUUGGGCUAUGCCUCUACUAGACUCUAAACAUGAGAUGGAGGUUCUCCCAACUGCCAACAAACUGGCUAGACCUCCAGCUGUCCCCAACCAAUGGCUUAAAGCUAUGUCAGGUCCUAAUGCUUGGGAAGAGGUGUCAAUGGAUUGUAAUCAUUGCAUAAAAGCUCCAUUAGAUACUUACCAAGAAAAGAUAGAAUCAGAUCCCAAUCAUUGUGCCAAGGCUCCACUAGAUACUUACCAACAAGGUAAGAUAGCAUCACAUCCCAAUGAUUGGGCCCAAGCUCCAUUAGAUUUUUACAAACACGAGGAGAUGGCAUCCCAUCCCAGACACUGGGACAAUGCUGCCUUGCAGUCAGAUUGCAGAGUCACGGCUCUACAAAGCCCUCACUGCCAAGACCAGAUUCCACCAGACAAAGAGCACCAGGCUGAUGCUGUUUCUACUGAACAUUGUGACAACACUGUUAUGGUUCUUGAUAACUGGGUCACGACUCUAUCAGACACUGACCAACAAGUGGAGAUUGAAUCUGACGCCAUCCACUGGGGCAAGGCUACAGUGGAUCCACACCACAAUUCCAUAGGACCACUGAGUCCUGAUAACCAGACCCUAAUUUCACCAGAUGUUGGGCUUCAGAAUGAGGAUAUACCAGAUCUAGAACAUCAAAAUGGCACCAAAAUAGUCCAAGACAUGAUCACCAAGUCUCUCCCAGCUUCUUGCCAUUGGGUUGAGGCUAUACCAGAUCCCAAACAUUAUAUCACACCAGUAGACCUACACUAUGAAACCAAGACUAAAAUUGGGCUCAAGAAUACUAUCAUGGAUACACCAGGUCAUGAUCAUGCAGUUGUACUUCCAGUUAUUCCUGAACACCAAAAUGAGGACAUACUAAAGUUCUGCCAUCAGAAAGAUGCUGAAUCCUUACUAGAUCUGGAUUAUGAGUCCAAAUUUGUAAGUGACCAAGAAUCCAUAGACAUUUUGGACUCAGACCAUCAGUCUAAAGCUCAGGAGGUUCCAGUCUAUGGGGCCCUACUUCCUCUGAUACCGGACUGCCAGGAAGAAAAUUUAUCAGACUACAAUGACCAGGAUGAUGAUGUACUAUUACUUCCAAGCUCUGAUACAGAAACUCUACCUCCAUCAGAUCUGGACAAUGAUGGUAAGAUUCCACUGAGGACAAACUAUCAGUCUAACAUACUCCCAGCCUUUGAUCAUCAGACUGAAGAGGCACUGGAUGCCCCAAACCAGGUAACUCUUCCCUCCAUCCUGGAUAAGGAUUUUGAGAUUUUAUUGAAUUCUGAUAAUUGUAACAAAACUCUCUUAUUUUCCCAACACCAAACUAUGCUGUCACCUGACAAACCAAAAUUAAGACAGCCUUCAUCAUGCUCUGAAAAAGGAGUAGUUUCAUCUAACCAAAAUCAAAAGGCUAUGCAAAUGAGCACUAACUCCAAGAUUCUGGACACAGUAGAACUCAAUCUCCAGACUCCACAAAGAUCUUGCCACUGGGCAGAUGUUCCACUAGAUUCCAAACACAAAGUGGCACAUCAACAAAGUAUAAGCCAUCAACUCACACCUCCACCACGGCUAAAAAGUCUGGUUGAGGACCACCUGGACCUUAGACAUCAGACUGAAACUCCACCAAGUUGUAAACAUCAAGUAAAAUGUCAACCAUUCAUGAAUAAUUGGGCUAGAAGUCCUAACCCCUUGACAGAAGAUGGGAAAAACAAAGAAUCUGCAUGGUGUUUAACAUACAUCAAACCAUAUACCAUUGAGGGUGGAAAUAUCUCUCACAGAACUAUUAACAGUAUCAUUAGAUCCAUCCCCCAGGAGAAAAUAAAAAACGACAUCUAUAAGCAACUUCUCCUACAGCAUAUGUCAGAAUGUUCAAAUUUUGAGAAUGGCUUAUGUCUAACAUCUACUUAUACAGUCUGCUUAAUUUGUGCCUCUUGGAUUCCUUAUGGCUGUCCUCAUGUUCAGGAAAUGAAAGAUGCUUGUAAAGCACAAUUGUUGUCUAUAUCAUCAUUACUGCCUGGUUCCAAGGAGGAGAUGAAUGUGAAAUUUAUUUUACAAGUUCCUCAACUAGAAGCAGGCUGUGUUUUUACUGUCCCAUAUCCUGAUUAUGGUUUUUCUCACCAUUUACACUAUAAACCUGGGAAAUCUUUUCAUGUGCCACUUGGCACUUCUAAAUCAAUGACCUUCCUUCUCCAAGAACCUGGCACAAAACUUACUUGGCUCGAUUUUAUCCGUGGCAAGCCUUACCACCCAUAUGGGAAAAAACUAGCUGGAAGUCAACAUUCACUCUUAGGGAAAAUGCAUAUAAACUCCACCAGAGAAGAAGGGACAAGGGGAUCUGAGAAAAUUUUUAAAUCUUUAUUAGAAAGAUUUCAAAAGAAAAGAAGUGCAAAUUAAAUUAACAUCUUUUCUCUUCAAAA